CACGGAGCAAGAUGGGUACCACUGAAGCCACACUCCGUAUGGAAAAUGUGGAUGUAAAGGAGGAAUGGCAAGAUGAAGACUUCCCAAGGCCUCUCCCUGAAGUGGCAGGAAUGGAGUCUUUGGGCAGCCCAAAUGAGACCACAUUGUCACCUCCGAACACGUUAAAUUUUAGUAACGGGGCGCAUCAUAAGCGGAAAACCCUCGUCGCCCCGGAAAUCAACAUUUCUCUGGAUCAGAGCGAAGGCUCGCUCUUGUCUGACGAUUUCCUGGACACACCAGAUGACCUGGACAUCAACGUGGAUGACAUCGAAACUCCAGACGAGACCGACUCCCUCGAGUUCCUGGGCAAUGGGAACGAACUGGAGUGGGAAGAUGACACUCCCGUGGCCACAGCCAAAAACAUGCCCGGAGACAGUGCCGACCUGUUUGGGGACGGAGCCACGGAAGACGGCAGUGCCACCAACGGCCGCUUGUGGAGGACAGUCAUCAUUGGCGAACAGGAGCACCGCAUCGACCUGCAGAUGAUCAAGCCAUACAUGAGAGUCGUGACGCACGGAGGCUAUUAUGGAGAAGGCCUCAACGCCAUCAUUGUCUUCGCCGCGUGCCACCUGCCCGACAGCAACCUGCCCGAUUACCAUUACAUCAUGGAGAAUCUCUUCCUGUACGUGAUCAGUAGCUUGGAGCUCCUGGUGGCCGAAGACUAUAUGAUCGUGUACUUGAACGGUGCUACGCCGCGCCGAAGAAUGCCUGGGAUUGGUUGGCUGAAAAAAUGCUACCAGAUGAUUGACAGAAGACUACGGAAGAACCUGAAAGCUCUGAUAAUCGUUCAUCCUUCUUGGUUCAUCCGGACCGUGCUGGCUAUUUCAAGGCCGUUUAUCAGUGUGAAGUUUAUCAGUAAGAUCCAGUACGUCCACACGCUGGAGGAACUAGAACACAUUAUCCCCAUGGAACAUGUCCAGAUUCCAGUUUGCAUUCUACAGUAUGAAGAAGAGAGAAACAGAGCCAGAAAAGAAAGGUAG